UUAAAUACCAAACAUGACAUUCUACAAACUCCACCUAUGAAAAACACACACACACAUACAUAUAUAUACCCAUAAACAAACACACACACACAUAGUAGGUAUUUAUAUAUGGCUGAUCACCCUGCAGAUGAUUCUACCAAAACCAGCCAAAAAAAUCAACCUCCUCAGCCUAGUGAAAGUUCUCAAACACCCUUUUGCCCUAUUCCUCCGCCACUUCUACCACCACUACCGGUGGAGGAGACAAAUAUUUCACCACGUCCGUUGAUAUCAGACAUUGCAAUAUUAGAAAAUACAAAAUCUCCACCAAAAACAGUUCAACUACCAAAUAUUAUACCAACUGUAACAACUACCAUGAGUUCCACCUCAUCGGGCGGCUCACCAAGCCGGCCGACAGGCGGAAAACAUGCUGUAUUCCGGGGAAUACGAAGCAGAAGCGGGAAAUGGGUGUCUGAAAUUCGAGAGCCACGUAAAACUACAAGAAUAUGGUUAGGAACUUACCCUACUCCUGAGAUGGCAGCUGCCGCAUAUGACGUCGCCGCAUUGGCUCUAAAAGGCGGCGACGCUGUAAUAAAUUUUCCCGGUAACCUCACUUCGUAUCCUUCACUUCCUCCUUCACCGUCUCCGGCAGAUAUAAGAAAAGCAGACGCCACUGCGGCGAUGAUUUCAACUGAUGGUGGGAAUGAAUAUAUUGAUGAGGAAGCAUUAUUUGAUAUGCCUAAUUUGUUGGUUGAUAUGGCGGAGGCAAUGAUGGUGAGCCCGCCGAGAAUGAACUCGCCGCCGCCAUCCGAUUCACCGGGAAAUUCUGAUACAGAAAGUCUUUGGAGUUAUUAA